UUUGGCCCUCAGAUCAAUGAUUCCAUUCAUCUGGCGCGUCGAUGACAUCACACAGAGUGACAACCAAUCACGUCCACAGAUCUCCUCCUCAAAAGUUGCCCUGGCGGAUCCCCAGCAGGUCCCAGACUUCCACUCGUCUUCGUAUUCGUCACACACAUCUACUCUGAUGGGAUUUGGCCAAGAAGACAUGUCUCAUCGCCAGGAUCACGAGAUGAGUGCGGUGCUGAGGGUCUCGCACCUUCCUCUCCUUCGCUCGGCGCUGCAGUCGGUCACCUCCGUCUACUCAGAGGUCAAAGAUCGCUACCCUCUCCUGGGCCUGGUUGGAGGAGUGGCCGAGGUCGGCGUCCGCAACGCCUCAAUGGUGGCCAUGAGGAGAGCCACGCCCCUCAUGCAGACCCUCAGACCUCAGAUUGAAGUUGCCAACAGUUUUGCUCUCGUGGGUCUGGACCAGUUGGAGAAGACAUUUCCCUUCCUGAACCAGUCCACAGGCGAGGUGAUGGGUCACUUGAAAGACGCCUUUUUCCUGACGCUGGACGAUGUGCAGCUGUGGAUGGUGGACGGAAUGGAUGGCGCCCUGGACCAGCUGGAGCGCCUGUCUCACUCUGCCUGGAUGGUAGUGCGACAGCUGCAGGACUCUCAAGUUGGCCGCGCUGCCACGUUUGGCCUGGACGAUGUGCUGACCCGCAUUGAGAACGCCACCGCCUACUACCUGCCCCUCCCGCCCACCCUGCGUCGCGAGUGGGAAAUGAGAGUCCAGGAGUACGAGGAUGAGGACCACGACGAAGAGCCCGGCAUAUGGACUAGGGUCCGCAGCCUCCUGCUGGGUCUCAGUCUGCAGUUGUACCACCGCAUGAUGAAGAUACAAAAGCAGCUGGAGGAAGCCUACAGAACGCUGGGAGACGCCGCUGACACGGUUGGUCUGGGACGUGUCAUGGAGCUGGUGGGCGAUCUUUUGCAAUACUUGCAAAGACUCCUGGUGGCACUACUGUACCGUGCCGAGAGUCUCAGGGAGCUGACCCUGGGCAGUGUUAGAGGUCAAGUAAUCAUGUUGAUGGAGCUGCGUCCAGUGCGUCAGGUUCGAGAGCUCCCGGUACAGGUCCAGCAUCUCCUUGGAGACCUGCAAGAACUCUCCAAGAUCCUUCUGCAGCUCAUCAUCAAUGCUACGCCACUGUACAACAUGCUUCAACAGCCCUCUGAGAAGGAGGUGGAGGACUUCCUGAACCAGGAGGACCUCCGGUCCGACAGCUCGUCCCGCCGCAACUCCGCCAAUAGCCUCUUCUUGAAGGCAAUGGAUGGACGUCCUCUGCGCCGCAGGAGUCUGUUCUCUCGGGCCGUCCGCAGUCCCGGACCCGAUACCAACACCGGCAGGCGUUCCAGCCUAAAGCAGGACUCGGAGGCGGAAGGUUCCCCUCUCCCGUCCGAAGGCACCGCUUAUCGCAGACCCUCUGCCACCGAGCUGCUUCUAACGCCUCUCAAGCAGUUCGUCUCUCAGAGCCAAAAAGCCUUCGAGUACCUGAACCCCAACACGGCCGAAGAGUGCAGCAACGGCACCACCGACUGAUUAGCGCACCGUCCCGCUUCUCCCCCGCUCAUCCUCACCUGAUGCUGUCUGCAGCCUCUGACACAUUAAGCUUAAAGGGCAACAUUAUCACAAUUUCUGAAGGGUUAAAACCAAUAAAAAUCAGUUCCCAGUGGCUUAAUUUAUUUUUCGAAAUUUUUCUCAACAUUUUACCCAUCACGCAAUAUCCCGAUUUAUACCAUCGCUAUAUCCACCCGUCUAUUGUCCUGUGACGUCACUGCGUGAAGCCACCAGAAACAAAUAUGGCGGAUAGCACAGAAAAGUAUAGCAUAGUAGCUCGGAUUCAGACUCGGAUUUCAGCGGGGCAAGCGAUUAAAGAGAUUACGCAUGUAUUGAAAUGGAUGGUUGGAGUGUGGAGGCAGAUAGCGAAAACGAAAUUGAAGAAGAAACUAAAGCUAUUGAGCCAUAUUGCUUUGAACCGUAUACAAACGAAACCGACACGGGAGGAAGCGAGGACGAAUUCGGCGAUCACCUUCUAACCAACGAUUGGUAUGUGUUUGUUUGGCAUUAAAUGUGGGUGGAGGGAAAGCUCAAAUAUAGCUACAAAUGAGGCAUAAUGAUGCAAUAUGUACAUACAGCUAGCCUAAAUAGCAUGUUAGCAUCGAUUAGCUUGCAGUCAUGUUGGACCAAAUAUGUCUGAUUAGCACACUCCACAUAAGUCAAUAACAUCAACAAAACUCACCUUUGUGCAUUCACGCUCGUUGGAAAUGCAUCUGCUUUGAGUAUCGCAGGAUAUCCACACAUUCUUGCCAUCUCUGUCGUAGCAUAGCUGUCGUCGGUAAAGUGUGCGGAACAAACGGUCAUCGCUCUGACAGCGAACAAUUGAAAAGCGUUUAAAUCGCCAAAUUCACCCUUUUAGAGUUCGGAAAUCGGUUAAAAAAACACAUGGUCUUUUUUCUGCAACAUCAAGGUAUAUUGACGCUUACAUAGGUCUGGUGAUAAUGUUCCCCUUUAACAUUUUAUUUGUAUUAUUAUUUUAACGUCUCCGCCGCGUUCAGUGCUUGUGAGUGUGUAAACCCUCUCCGACCAAGCCAUCGUCAAACAGGCGACCGCUAACGCCUGCGGACUGAUACAACGUGACGAGCUAGCAGAUGAGCUAAGAGCUAAGUGUUACACAAGCUUUGAUGUUCCGCACCAUUGACUGGCUGCUAACGAGCACUCGCACUAGCUUUUAAACUAGCUCUCCUUGAGGGGGCGUGUCUUAAUGGAAGAUGGAGUUUGUCGUUGAAAUGUUCUCCAAUAAAGCUUUGACUGCCUUCCCCACCUCA